AUGGCCAGCUGCUGCCUCAAUCUUGUCCUCCACAUCACUAUUUUGAUGUCUGUAUUAUCCACUUUGGUCCGAACCCACCAAGUGUUGCCUUCAAGAAAGCUCGACGAGUCUUCACCUGAUAUCAGCAAGUGUGGAGGCUGCCCCUGCAAUAACCCCUGCAACCCACCCCCAACUCCAUCUCCGCCGCCGCCCUCCCCGCCGCUGCCGCCGCCGCCGCCGCCCAAGCCAAAGCCAACCCCGAACAAUUAUUGCCCCCCUCCACCUAGCGGCGGCGGGGGAGGUGGCGGUGGUGGUGGUGGUGGAGGAAAUCAGUACCCGCCUAACCCUCCUUACAUAUACAUAAAUGGGCCGCCCGGAAAUCUUUAUCCGGUCGAUCCAUAUAUUUCGGGUUCGGGUCGGAUUUCUCCCAUGGGCUUCCUGCCUUUCUUGAUCGUCAGUGCUGCUUUGGGUCUCGUGGGUUUCUGCUCCUGA